AUGUCUUGUCAAGAGAUAAAUUCAUGGACUUUUGAUGAGUUAGUUGGUGCAUUUCUUGAUCUAGCUAUUGCAUAUUUUAUGUUGUGUGCAUCAACUCUUGCUUUUAUUGCUGAGAAAUUUCUGGGUUUAUUUGGAUUCUGUUUGCCAUGCCCUUGUAAUGGACUUUUCGGUGACCACAAUAGAAAUAAGUGCUGGCAAAGAGUGUUAGUUGAUAGCCCAUCAGAGCAUAUAUCUUCUGUUCAGUUCUCUGUUAAGAGUAGGCUCCCUUUUGAUUCUAUAUGGGACAAAGACUUGAAUUUUGAAUCGAGUAGUGGGAUGAUAAACAAAGUAAAUUGUGGAAGUGACAAUGUUGGAUUGGAGGGUGAAGCGUCGUGUAGCUCAUUCAGGGAGAGGAAGAGUGGAAUGGGAGCUGAGACUGCUGCAGUGUACAUGAGGGAUGUGAAAGAAGGGAAGUUUGAUGAUAAAGGGAAGGGGUUUUCAGGCCAGAAGGUGAGAUAUCUUAGGCGACGAAGAAAAAUUGCUGCUGAUAAUGGGAUGCUUUCUUCUGUUUCGUCAUAUGAUCGUUUACACUCAGAUUCUCAAGCUCGUCCUAAAUCUCUGGCCUGUGUCAAUGAAGAGAUGGAUAAGCGCAAUGAAGGUGACAUGGUUCCUGUUAGUUUGGGCGGCGAUGUUCUGCAUUUUGAGGGUAAAGAAGUUGAUAUUGGGAGGAAGAAUGCACUAACAUGUUUUGCAUAUUCACAUGCUGAUGCCAUUUCUACACAUUCUGAUGCUGAUUCUAAUGUGAAUGGUUAUGUGGUUUCAGUUAGCAAAGAGUCUUCAGUGGAUGUUGGAUUUGUGGGAACAGUCUCUAAUGAUUUUGAAUCAAAUGAAACUGCUGAUGAAAAUAAGCCCACAGAGAAGGCUGCACCACCUGGUGAUGGUUUGAAAUGCAAAGCAAGAGGAGAGCUUUUCUUUGAUAGUGAUGAAAAGAAUGUCAUUAGAGUCUUGGAACAAGCAUUAGAAGAAGAACGUUCUGCUCGCGCUGCUUUGUACCUUGAGCUUGAGAAAGAGAGAAUUGCUGCUGCUACUGCUGCAGAAGAGACCAUGGCAAUGAUUCUACGUCUCCAAAAGGAGAAGGCAUCGAUAGAAAUGGAGGCUAGGCAAUACCAGAGGAUGAUAGAAGAAAAGUCUGCUUAUGAUUUUGAAGAAAUGAACAUUCUCAAAGAGAUUGUCCUAAGGAGAGAGAAGGAAAAGCAUUUCUUGGAGAAGGAAGUUGAAACUUACAGGCAAAUGAUUUUUGGGAAUGAGCAGUUAGAUGCUGAUGUGCAAGACAUGGGAACCACACAUGAACAAAGGGCUUCUUCAUUGCAAUAUUCAGGUGAGGAUCCAUUGCUGAUGCGGCAGAAGAUUACUGAAUACAUUGAUGAGAAAGAGAAGGGAGAAAGGUCAAACAAAUUUUUAGGAUAUGAGGUUCCAUCCAUUCAAUCACAAAGUCAUACUCUUACUUUUGAGAAAGAAUUACCAAUUCCAGAGUUGGAUGAAGUUGAAUAUUUGAAACAAGGGUGCAUUCAUAGGCACCCAAGCGUUGACAAACUUCACCCACAUUUAUCAAGUGACAACGAAGGGAUUAAAGACGAAUUUCAAGAGAAAGGGCUGGUAUCACAUGAGAAUAGUCUAUUUGAUCGAGUAAUAGAGCCGCAAAUUAUGGAGUCAUGCUCACAAUUCGACUUAUCAACUCAGGGUUGUAAUUUGAAUGAGAAAACCAUUUCUACCUUUGUGGAACCACAGCAGCAAAGUGAUUGCAUCAAUGCAAAUCAAGAGUCGGCAUCAAAGGCAUCAGAGACUUGUGACCAAACUAAGAUUAUUUUCCCAUAUAAUUGUGAUGAUUCAGAGAAGCAUGAGAGAGAUUCAACUGAUGCAGGCUUUGGCUUAGGUACCCUUGUUCAUGAUGUUCAUGUCGUUGAUGAUAAAACUAAUUUGUCUUGUGGAAUUAAUGAAAAUGGAAGUGAAAAGUUGUCAGUGAAUGCUGCCUCAGACAUACCAAGAACAUGUGACAGUCCAAGCAUGAGUAGGGCUGAGCAAGACAUCAGCAAAAGCUGUUCAGACGUCACUAAUGUAUUGCCGCCAUUGGGUAGUUCAAAAGGCAAAUUCUUGCUUUCUGAUUUGAGAAGAAAUUCCAUGUCGGCAGUUGAUCAUGAAAGGUUUAAAAUUGACAGUGAAGUUGGGUGGCUGAGAGAAAGGUUACGGAUCAUACAAAUGGAAAGAGAACAGCUCAAUAUCUCUAUGGAGAACAGGGAAAAAGAAAAAACCCAGCUGCAACUUCUGGAGCAUAUAGCGAGUCAGCUUCGAGAGAUUCGGCAAUCAACAGAACAAGGAAAGGCUGUUUGCCAGGCUUCACUGCCCCCACUUUCCUAUAAGGUGCAAGUGUUUGAUUCGUACGAAUUUUGUGGAUUCUAA